AUGCGCCUAGACGAAUCGCGUUCGCCGAGCGCAAGCAAUUACGCGAGAUAACGGACGGCCUAUUACCCCUGGUCCACAACCUUGCUUUAGUGUGUUGUAAGCCGCAAGUCUUAGUGCGUAAGUGACGUCACGUCCGGCCGUAACUAAGUUUUAAGCCAGAUCACGUAGGGCGGAAAAGAAAUGGUUAAAUCCAUUUCUUAACGCUUAAAUUAAAAGCGUAAAGCUCAAUGUGUUCUUUCCGAACGCAGUGCAAACGUUGAGUGUUUAGUAUACACUUUAAUUAUUUUGGAACGUGUUUGCAGUUUCUAAAAAUGUGCGAUGUGAACGAAGUAAAUUGUGAUGAAGGUGGAGAGAAUAUAGAUGAUGAAGCUUUGAUCGGACUUGUAAAAGCCAAUUCACACUUAUAUGAUAAAAAACAUAAGAAUUUCAAGAAUGUUGACAUAAAAAAGGAUACAUGGAAGGUCAUUAGUACAUGUUGUGGUGCAACUUCUGGCAAGUAUCUUCACUUAUAUAAAUUAUUGACUAUCUCUGUCUUAAACAUAUAAUGUCAAUGAUUAAAUUUAGGUUAGGUUAGGUUAAGUUUUACAUAUAUAAUCUAAUAUACACAGUAGGCCUAUUACGAUCCCCUAACAUGUUGAAAAAUUAUUAAUUUUAGGAGAAGAAGCUGAAAAUAGAUGGAACCAACUAAGAAACCAGUUGGGAAGGAAAUUGCGGGAAGCCAAACGUAAACCACCCAGUGGCUCUGGAGGUGGAGUGAAAAUGACUUCUUGGGCAUUAAUGCCAUCCAUGUCCUUUCUUAUACCUCACAUUGGACACAGAAAAACUCGAGGUUCCAUGACUUUUUCACAACUUUCAAAAUCUUCAACACCAUCAAGCGGGUUAUCUUCAAACUCUCAAGAUUGUAUAUCAUCACCAUCAUUAUCUCCACUUGAUUCAGUGUAUGAAGAAACAUUAACCCAGCAUGACACAGAAAGUAACACAUACAGUUCCUUAUCUUUUACAUCGGAUGAUGUGGACAAUGCUCAAGUUCCUAUGAAUACGACAAUAAAUGAAGAUGAAGAGAAACAAUUAGAUGAAAAUGGUAAAAGAAAUGCUGAAGUAUUUCCGUCCAAGAGAUGUAAAACUGCUGUCCCGCCACCAAAUGCCUUUUGUCAACAAAAGAAAAAUAAGGAAACCAAUCUAGAGUUGAUGAUUGCAAAGUCUUCAUCUGCUAUUCAGUCUAUGGCAGCAUGCUUUACACAGGAUACGACGAAUGAAACAGAUAAAGAAAAGAAGAUGCAUCCUUUUGUUGUUGCUAUGGAAGCAGCAUUUAAAAAGGUUCCAAGUGAGAUGGAAAUGGAAUGUUUUAUAGCUGUUCUAAACAUUAUCAACGAAUACCAGCAAUAGAUAUACGUGUACCAUCGUUGAAUAUUAACGUUUUUAUUUUAAAGAACUUCGAUUGUAAAGUCAAGAAAGUUUAUUAUUUUUUAUUUCUGAUUAUGUUACGCAAGGAUACACUUUAUUUUUCCGGUGAAUAGAAUCGUUACUAUAGUACAUGUUAAGUAUGUGAUAAUUUUUAUUUCAACAGCAAGAAUUAAUAUUACUAUUAAAAUCUUAAGAUUGUUAAGACUGUAUUCCACAGAAUUUUGAUUACAAAGUAAAGAAAGUCCAUUUUUUAUUUUUACUUAUAUUAUGCAAGGAUACAUUUUAUUUUUUUAAUGAACAGAACAUUGUUUUCGCAGUACAGCCUA